UUAGUGAGUGAUCAGUUUAGCUGCAUGCUUUGAAGCGAACACAACAAUCAUUAACCGGACAGUAGAUCUGGAGGGGCUGAAGGUCUUUCUGAGGACUGUCUCAGUCUGUCUGACUGUUGCCUCCAGAGACAAGGCCUGACAGGAAGAGCAUUUUCAGCCUAAAUGGACAAGUUUGUGGGUUUACAUCCCAGAGAAGCCGUACAGCAAGUGUCCUCCUCUCUGGGCUGCAGUCCCUCCUCACCACAGGUUGCUGCUCACUUUGACAAAAACGAUGAACUGCAGGAUCUCCGGAAGAAUUUCCUGGUGCCUAAAAUCGCAGAUCUUCCUGUCUCUGACCUGUCGCUCGUAGACGGCAGUGAGGAAUGCAUCUACCUCUGUGGGAACUCUCUGGGCCUUCAACCGAAGAUGGCCAGGAAAUAUCUGGAGGAGGAGCUGGACAAGUGGGCCAAAAUAGGAGUCCACGGUCACACGGACGGGUCCAGGCCGUGGGCGUGGGCCGAGAACAACAUCGAGGACCUCAUGGCCAAAAUAGUCGGAGCUAAAACUUCAGAAGUGGCUCUGAUGAACGGUCUGACGGUCAACCUGCAUCUUCUGAUGCUCUCCUUCUACAAACCCACCACAAGCAGACACAAGAUCCUGCUGGAGGCCAGAGCCUUCCCUUCAGACCACUACGCCGUGGAGUCUCAGAUCCGCCUGCGGGGGUUUGACCCUCAGCACAGCAUGCUGAUGCUGUCACCCAGAGAGGGAGAAGCAACCCUGCGUACCGCCGACAUCCUGGAAGCCAUCGAGAAGGAGGGCGAGUCCAUCGCCGUGGUGAUGCUCAGCGGCGUUCAGUAUUACACCGGACAGCUGUUUGACAUGGCGGCCAUCACACAGGCCGGACACAAGAAGGGCUGUUUCGUCGGUUUUGACUGUGCGCACGCCGCGGGAAACGCCGAGCUGCAGCUCCAUGACUGGGGCGUGGACUUCGCCUGCUGGUGCUCCUACAAGUAUCUAAAUUCAGGUGCUGGCGGUCUCGCAGGGGCCUUUGUUCAUGAGAAACAUCAACACGACGUCAAACCAGCGCUGAUGGGUUGGUGGGGCCACAACCUCCAAACUCGCUUCCAGAUGACAAACGUCAUGGAGCUGCAGCCCGGAGUGAGCGGCUUCCGCUUGUCAAAUCAGCCCUUCCUGCUAGUCUGCCCCCUCCAAGCUAGCCUGGAGGUGUUCAACUUGACCAGCAUGCAGGCGCUGCGCAGGAAGUCGGUCCUGCUGACAGGUUACCUGGAGCACCUGAUUCAGCACCACUUCACCGAGGACCCGGCUGAGCCUCAAAAGCCCCACGUCCGGAUCCUCACGCCCUCCGACCCGCAGCAGAGAGGCUGCCAGCUGUCGCUGGCCUUCUCCGUCCCCAUCCAGAAAGUCUUCCAGGAGCUGGAGAGGAGGGGCGUCGUAUGUGACAUGAGGGAACCCAACGUGCUGCGGGUCGCCCCAGCGCCGCUCUACAACUCCUUCAGCGACGUCCACCGCUUCAUCUCCACGCUGAAAGACGCUCUUGCCGCAUGCAGUGAAGAAAAGCACUGAUCUUAGAAGAAACCCUCAAAUGCUGCAACAUCAACUGUGAUCGGAGAAAUCUAAAGACACUUAGAAAAUAAUUUAGUAUUAAAAGAUUUUUUUUUCUCUUUUUUCAUCAACCAAACCUUAGAGCAGCAUUAACCACGGCUGCAUAGAACUACUUUUUUUUAGCUGAAAUACAGAGCAAAACUUAAUUUAAAAAAAGUUUACA